AUGAACUCCUCUGGAAACGAUAACUGGCAUCCUGGUGGCCCCCCAGCGCACCCGGGGAUGGACCAGAUGAAUCAACAGCCUCGCCCGUUGGGCUCCUAUGGACAAAACCCACCGCCUCAGCAAGGUCCGUCCGGGCAACCGGCGGGGCCCGUUCUUCCACCCCCAGCUGGCCCCUAUCACCCUGCGAGCCAACCGGCCGGUCACUCCCUGCCGGGGCUGGCGGAAUUGAGCCAGGGCCACGCUGGUCCCCAUCAGCCUACCGCAUAUGGCCAGCAUCCCUCCGUCGCCUCCCAUAGCGCCGGUCACUCGCUGCCGGGCAUCGGGCAGGCAAUGCAGCACCCGUCUCCUCAGACCAUCAACCGAGACCGGGAGCGCGACUCCAGAGAGCGCGAUGUGCUGGAGAGACACCGUGAGGAAAUGGCGCAGAGAGAGCGCGAGCAGCGCGAGCGGGAACAGAUCGAAAGACAGCAGCUGGAGCGACAGCGCGAACAGCAGCAUCACCCCGUGCAGAGCCACACCGGGUCGAUUCCCUUGCACCAGCCCGUCGCUUCGAAGGUGCCCAACUCGAUUCACGGUCCCAAUGGACUCUUGUCUAACCUGGGCUCCAACCCGCAGAAUGGCCCUCAAGGUCCGAUGCAAACGUCAGGAGCUCCUGGCUCGAUUUAUGGGCCCCAGAUGCAGCAUGGCGAAGGCACUCCCAGGUCGUUUAUGCAGCAUCCUGCUGGCCCGCCGGGACAGCCUAUGCUGGCCUUUAACACCUCCGGUCCUCAGAUCCCGGGUAAUGUGGCUGCGCUUGCGCAAGGGCAACAGCCGAUCUUGAACGAUGCGCUUAGUUACCUGGACCAAGUCAAGGUUCGCUUUGUUGAUCAGCCGGACGUGUACAACCGGUUUUUGGAUAUAAUGAAAGACUUCAAGAGUCAAACCAUCGACACUCCUGGUGUGAUUCAGCGCGUUUCUUCGUUAUUCAACGGACACCCAGCCCUCAUCCAAGGGUUCAAUACAUUCCUGCCGCCCGGGUAUCGAAUUGAAUGCGGCACCGAAGAUAAUCCAGAUGCCAUUCGGGUGACCACCCCCUCCGGGACAAAUACUUUGAGUAUGCCCCGCACUCGUCAUUCAAUGGAGGCGUCUGGAGAGUUGGGACCACCUAGUGCCAUGGGUCCUCACGGUCGCCCCGACUUCUUUGACCAAUCUCGUCCUGGCUGGCAGCAGCAACCUCAGCAUCAACCGCCUCAGCAACCCCAGCAACAGCAGGGCAACCUGGCAGGUUCGUAUUCACCGGGAUCGCGCAUGAUGGGACCUGGCAUGUUCGGACAGCAGAGCGGACAAAGUCAGCCCCAGGAACAUCAUUUUGAGUACCCCACACAGCAGGAGCAGCAGGCUGCAGCUGGUGCGGCGGCCAUGGCUCACCAGCAAGACCAGCGUGGAGUAUCGCAGCUUCAAGGCGCGGCCUCGGCGGCGUCUGCAGGUCUUGGACGUCCCGGAUUACUUCAGGUAUCUCCCGCUUCGGCUCAGAAUUCUAGCCUGAACCAGCCUAUGAAUAGUUUGGCGGGCGUCGGUUCCGGCAUGCUCCAGGGUUCUCAGGCCGAUUUGAACAAACGCGGUCCGGUCGAGUUCAACCACGCGAUUAGUUACGUGAACAAGAUCAAGAAUCGCUUUUCGAGUGCCCCAGAGAUUUACAAGCAGUUUUUGGAAAUACUUCAGACUUACCAGCGCGAGUCGAAGCCGAUCCAGGACGUAUACGCUCAGGUGACCCAGCUAUUCAACACUGCCCCCGAUCUCCUGGAAGAUUUCAAGCAGUUUCUUCCCGAGUCCGCCGCUCACGCCAAACAACAGGCCGCGGCGCGUCAAGCCGAGGAGGCUGCGGCGGCAGCAGCUGCGGCGCCUAUGAGCAACCUGCGUGGAGAAGGCAACUUUUCUGGUGGUGCAACCCUGCCUUCUCAGACGCCUAAUCGAGACGUCAAGAUGCCUCCUCUGGGUCAGUUCAAUGUGAAAGAUUCUGGCAAAGAAGGCAAGAAACGUCGCGGAGGCCCUGGCGCUCCCACGGGCUUGGGACCAUCAGCCUCAGGUCCCUCCUCAGCGACCGACGCUGCACGUCUGCCUGAUGCUCAAGGAGGUCGAGCUCCGGCCAUCCAGCCUGGCAAUGCCAACAAGCGAGCCAAGGUCCAUCAUCCUAAGACAGCCCAGGCAGAAGCCCCCGCUGUCUCGCCAACCCUUGUUCCCGCCCUUCCGGAACCGAUACAGCCUACUUUCUCGUUGACUCCCAGCCAAGAGGAGUUCGCUUUCUUCGAUCGCGUCAAGAAAUACAUUGGCAACAAACAGACCUUCAACGAGUUUCUUAAGCUCUGCAAUCUUUACUCUACCGACCUUAUUGACCGCCACGUCCUGGUGAAGAGAGCUGCUGGUUACAUUGGUUCCAACCCCGAGCUUAUGGCAUGGUUCAAACGAUUUAUGCACGUUGACGAACCUGAGGAUAAGAUUAUCGAGCCCAAGCCUAGGGUUGAGCCGGGUAUUGUCAAUCUGUCCCACUGCCGGUCCCUUGGACCUAGCUAUCGUCUUCUGCCAAAACGCGAAAGACAGAAGCCGUGCAGUGGCCGGGAUCAGCUCUGCUACAGCGUAUUGAACGACGAGUGGGCUUCUCACCCUACGUGGGCCUCUGAAGACUCCGGUUUCGUGGCACAUCGCAAGAACCAAUACGAAGAUGCCUUGCACCGUAUCGAGGAGGACCGCCACGACUAUGAUCACCACAUCGAGGCGUGCACUCGCACUAUCCAGCUGAUCGAGCCCAUUGUGCAACAAUUCCUUGUGAUGUCCGAGGCGGAGCGGGCGGCUUUCAAACUUCCCCCUGGUCUGGGUGGGCAGAGUGAGGCCAUCUAUCAGCGCGUCAUCAAGAAGAUCUAUGAUCGGCAGCGUGGCGAAAAGAUCAUCCAAGAGAUGUUCGAACGGCCAUGCCAUGUGCUUCCCAUUCUGCUGUUCCGCUUGAAGCAGAAAUCAGAGGAAUGGAAGGCGAGUCAGCGUGAGUGGGACAAGAUCUGGCGCGAGCAGAUGCAGAGGGCCUACUGGCGCAGCUUGGAUCACCAGGCCAUUGCCAGCAAGGGCAUCGACAAGAAGCUUUUCGUGGCGAAACACCUGCAGAACGAGAUCCAGAGCAAGUUUGAGGAGGGAAAGAACCUCCGCAAGACCGGGUUCCAGAUUCCCAAGCAUCAGUAUGAGUUUACCUUUGACGACCCGGCCGUUCUGAUCGAUGCCACCCACUUGCUCCUGACCUUCAUCGACCGCAACUCCGCUGGAUUCGGAGCCGACCCGCAGAAGGUUACCAACUUCAUCAAGGACUUCAUUCCCCUCUUCUUCGGCAUGGACCGGGAGUCGUUCCACUUGUACAUGAACGAGGUCACCAGCGGUAAUUCUCCGAUUGACGAGGGCGAUGACGAGAGCGUGGCCGCGGGAGAAAGCUCGACCCCGCGUGUUCGCAAGCCUGUCAAUGGCAAGAAGAUUGACCUGCUUCGUGACGUUCUGGAGCGUCGCAGCGAGAAAGCCAACCGCAGCGAGAAGGAGAGCGGCAGCGCUCCGGCCAGCCGCGACGGUACCCCGGACGCCGUUCUCAUUCCGUCGACGCCCAUUCCCGACCCCACCGAAACGUUCGACGUGGCGGAGCUGAAGUGGAUGGAGCACCCUGGACAGGGCAACUUCAACAUGAAGCGGGAAUACACCUUGAACGAAACCUACGAGAAGAAGGUCCAUCACCUGUACUCCAACCUGAACAUCUUCUGUUUCUUCCGCACCUUUGAGAUUCUCUACGCGCGCCUGCUUCGCAUUAAGCUGCACGAGAAGGACGCCCACGAGGAUGUCCGCCGUGCUCUGAUGGCCAAGCCCGCGCAGGAGCUUAACCUGAUCGACAAGAUCCCCACCGACUUCUUCUACGACUGCGAGCCCACGGCCAACCUGUAUUCCCAGGUGGUUCGCAUGUGCGAAGAGGUGAUCAAGGGCGACCUGGAGCCGGUGCAUCUGGAGGAGACUCUCCGCCGAUAUUACCUGCGCAGCGGCUACCAGCUGUACAACCUGGAGAAGAUGUUCACAGGGAUCGCCAAGUUUGCCGGGGCCAUCUUCAGCGGCGACGCCAAGGAUCGCAGCUCGGACAUCAUCAACCUCUUUUUCAAGGAGCGCGAGAAGGAGCAGACCACGCAUAACCAGGAGAUCCAGUACCGCAAGCAGGUGGAGCGCCUGAUCAAGGAUGGAGACAUUUUCCGCAUCACUUUUAGCCCUACCAGCAAGAAGGCCUACAUUCAGCUUCUGACUCCGGAAGACUCGACGUUGGAAAAUGCCGAGUUGAGCCAGGAGGCUCGCUGGUCGUACUACGUCUCGGCUUACACCAUGAGGGAUCCCACUGAGGGAGUGCCGUUCUCGCAGAUGCGCAUGCCGUUCCUCAAGCGCAACCUGCCCGGCAAGCUGGAGCAAGAGGAGGAGUACAACCGGUUCUACCGGCCGUUGGUGCACCUGGACGGACUGAUCAUUCGCAUCUGUGCCAACAGCUACCACAUCCUCUACGAGCCCGGUAGCUACGACUGGUGGUGGCGGCCCAUCACGGCGUCGGACGAGUCGGGCGACGAGGCUGCCAAGGAGGCGGCGGCGGUCAAGGAGCGACGACGAGAUCGGUUCACCGAGAAGUUCGUCAACAACCCCAGCUGGGCGCACGGGCUAAGCAAGGAUCAAGUGGACGAGUCCAACCAGCGGUUCCGUUCCUGGAUCAAGGGGACGGAGACGGAGGGUGGUACCACCGCACCGGAUGCGCCGACAUCCGAGAAGCAGGAGGGUGCAGAUAACAAGGAAGAUACGGAGAUGGCAGACGCCGAGCCCGCCGCUUCGGAGAUCAAGGAGCAGGUGUAA